AUGGCCAAACCUCUCAACGCCGCCCCCUUGGAACCAGCAACAACAACCACCAACCACGAGCUCAUAUCUUCUAUUGCUCCAACGUCACUACCACCGAUCUUCUAUCAACGCCACUGCCCCUCAUCUCCUUCGUUUUUCUCUCUCUCGAACCAAACCCAAAACGAAGCCACCAACACCUCUCUAUCUCUCUAUAGAAACCACUGCCAUUACUUUUCGAAUAAGAAUGGUCAUGAUCUCAAGAAGGAUGGGGCUCUAAAAAGAGCAAAAUUUGCUUCAAAAAGAUAUUGGUUCGAUGGUUCAUCUUUUUGCAAGAUGGAUCACAGCUCUGGAGAAGAUUGGGUUGCUUCGGACAAAUCCUUAGGUUCAAGUAAUUAUGCGUGGCUUGCGUGUUCAGAUGACUUUGAAUCUCAAGAGGCAAUAGGAGAUUACCUUCGCAAGAAGCAUGAACUCAGGACUAUAUCAGACCUUGUUCAAGAAGCUGUCCAGACUAGAAACAAAACUGUGGUGGAAUUAGCCAGUGAGAUUGACAGGAGGAAUGAAACUCUUGAUGACUUGCAGAUCAAAUACAUUCAGAAAAGAGUUUCUUUGAGUAGCAUGCUUGAAGAAAAAUACAGCCUUCAUCAAGCUUUCUAUGAAAAUGAAAUGUUGUUGGAUGAAGAAAAAAAGAGAGAGAAAGGGUGGGUUUUGAUGAAAGUGCGUGGAUUCGGGAGGCAACUAGAUGUUGAACAGAAACUGGAAAUAAGAAUUAAAGAACUGAAAAGGAAAGUGCAAAUGAUGAAGCAUUUAGGAGAUGAAGAUGAUGCUGCUGUUCACGAGAAAAUCACGGAGAUGAACAAUGAACUUGAAAUAAAUAUAGAAGAAAUGGAGAACAUGGAGAAUUUGAAUCAAACACUUUUGGUUAAGGAACGCCAGAGUAAUGAUGAACUGAAAGAAGUUCGCAAAGAGUUAAUUAAAGGGUUGAAGGGUAUGCUAAGUGGGCGAACAAAUAUUGGUGUGAAAAGGAUGGGAGAAAUUGAUAUGAAGGCGUUCCAUGAUGCCUGCAAAGAGAAGUUUGGUAAUGAAGAAGCUCAGAUAAAGGCGUCUGAGUUAUGCUCUUUGUGGCAGGAGAAGCUUAAAAAUCCAGAGUGGCAUCCCAUGAAAGUUGUUGCGGUAGAUGGUGAUAAUCUCAAGGAAGUGAUAAAUGAAGAGGAUGAGUUGUUGAAGAAUCUCAAGGCAGAAUGGGGGAAUGGGCUUCAAGACUGGAACAAAGGGAAAAUUAAGAUCAAACAAUAUAAAAAAUACAAUGGUAAAGGAGAAUAA